UCUUGGAUAUUUUGGAUCGAGGUAGAGAACACGUACACCUCGAAAUCCCUCUUUUCCUCUCUCCGUCUCUUUUUCUCUCUCUCUCUUUUCUUGUGGAUCCAUGUCGUCGUCUGAUCUUCUUCGUCUCUUUCCGAACACUUAGGAUCCAUUGCUACUGCCAUUUUCGAAACCCUUGGAUCGAAUUCCGUCGAGAUUCGUAGGGUAUCUGCUUGGAAUCGAAAUUUGACGAGGAAUCUUUGGGUUUAGGGGCGUUGAAUUAGGGUUUGGGCAGAUCGAUGGCUGCCAAGGAGGAGGACGUGGAGUACGAGAGCGAUCCCGAGGACGCGCCGCUGCCCACGAUGCGACGCAGGGAGGCGAGCGAUGACGAGGAAGUGGAGGGAUCCGACGAGCGAGGGAAGCCCGCGAGGGAUGGUCUUAGGGCCGAGGUUGGAUCCGAGGGCGAAUCUGAUGGUGAAGGAGGCGCGGAGGUGUAUGAUGACGAAGAGGAGUACUACUACGACGAGGAGGAGGAUGAACUGGGGGACGGAGUGGAGGAGCGACUGGGAGGAAGAGAAGAAGAAGCGUUAGAAGUUGGAGGGAACCAUGUUGCUGUGGGAACGAGCGGAAAGCCCAGGGAGUCGAGGAAGUCACCUGAGCCCCAAGGAGAUGAACAGAAGUCUGAUGGGAAUCUAGAGGAAAAUCAAGAAGACAAGAAUCAGGUGGAAGAGGAAGAGAAAAAAGAGAACGAGCCGUACGCUGUGCCGACCGCCGGAUCUUUCUACAUGCAUGAUGAUCGGUUCCAAGAAAAUGGCAGGGGACGCCACAGGCGUAUGUUUGGUGGGCGCAAGUUGUGGGAUCCUAAAGAUGAACGUGCCUGGGUGCAUGAUAGAUUUGAAGAAAUGAAUCUGCAGGACAUACGUAACAAUGAGGAAAGGCGAGGGUCUAGACGUCGUUUUAGGGGUCGUGGUCGUAGCAAAAGUCAGGGUGCUGAAGGUGGUUAUGUUAGAGGAAAUAGAUAUCACGCAUCUCAUGAUGAGGGAAACAACCAAGGUCGUGCUCCAAGGACUGUUAGAGGGAGAGGGCCUAGGCGCUAUGAACCUAUUCCAAAAAACAAAGGAGAUUUUCCUGCAGCUCAAAGCAAACGGUCACUUAUAAACCAGCAAGAAUCACCAUCAAUUCAUAAUACGGGGAGACAGUCUUCUCGGGCUGCAAGUGUGAAAUCAGAAUUUCCACGAAAGAAUACUUUUGCUUCGAGCCUCAAUUCUGCUUCACCCCCUUUUUACCCCUCUGGGUCUUCGAAUCAAGACAUAACGUUGAACCAGAAAAGGGACGUACAAACUGGAAGUAUCAAUAAGGCCGUUGCUUACUCAACACAGAUGAGAAAUGAUUCUAACAUAUCCCAGUCUAACUCAUUGAUGCAAGGAAAGAUAGCCACUGAUAUGGUUGGCCAUGAUAGAUUUUAUACAGAUCCUUCCCUGCUGCCGGCUGCUGGGAAAACUUCAGCUAACCCCAAAGAAUUUACUCAUUCUGCUAGUUCUAGGGUUCAAGGGAGGGGCUUAAGUAGUGCUGGACCACUAAAUAGCCAUUCAGGAUCACUCAUGGCUACUCAAAUUAAGCCCACUGUAAGACCAGUUCAAGUUCCAACUCAACCUGCAAUUCGAAGUUCUACUCAGCAAGUGGUCGAGCCCCUUAGCAAUGGAAGGCAAGCAUCGCCUCCUCAGCCUCCAUCUGUGAAUUCAUCUGAAGUUGGAGAGGCUGAUUCGUCUCCAGGUUCAAGCAAAUCAAAAAUUUCACUGGCUGAAAAAGCAAGGAUUAGCAACCAAGGAAUUGGAAAGGGCUCUUUUCUGUAUGGUGGAGCUCAGGUAAUUGGAGCAACCGGAGCUAUGGGCCUUGCACAUACUGAACAAAACUUUCCUGGUACUCCAGCACUGUUGCCAGUUAUGCAACUUGGGAACCAGCAUCCUGGUGGUAUUGGGGUUCCUGCUAUGGGCAUGGCUCUUCCAGGAUACGUAGCUCAACCACAACUUGGUUUUGGCAAUUCUGAAAUGACUUGGGUGCCAGUGUUAGCAGGUGCUGCUGGGGCUUUAGGGGCAUCUUAUUGCCCACCAUAUGUAGCUCUUGAUGGCAAUUACUAUGCCCGUCCUUCAGGACAGACAUCUUCUAGGGAAUCGAGUACAAACAAACCUGGUAGUUCCUUGAAACUCUCACAGAGACCUGAGAUUGCGAAUGAGGAACUUGGAGAACGCCAGAACAAGCCUCGUAGCAGAUACUCGGAGAUGAACUUUGGCCAGUGAAGUGCAUAGACAGGGUUGGAUGUAUUUGAAUAACAGCUUUAGGCAUUUUAUGAUGCCCUCUGUGGUCUUCAGCAUCUGAUCUGGAACACAUUGGGUUGUUUAGAGUCCCAAGAUAUGCUAGUUUCUGUUCAAGUGAGCAAUCGAUGUUCUUGGUUGAAAUCUCAUUGUCUGCAGUUGUAACUCAUGCAGCUGUAUAACACUUAAAACACCUGCUCUUGUUGUAAAUAAUAUGAGAAGAUCAUUUUGCAGCGGGGCAGGUGAUGUACGUGUGUUUGAACUCCGGUAAAAUAUUUAGCUGUGGUUGAAGCUUGUUGGAAUGAUGAGGUAGUGACCUUUUUAAGAGAGGUACUGAGAGGAAUUGUUGAAUAACCUGCAGUGCAGUGCAGUGGUGUUUGACUAAAUUUCAAGAUUGUUUGCCACGAGGUGUGUGGCCUGUUGACCAGACCACGUUUGUGUUGUUUGAGUUGCCACUCGUUUAACCAACCGCCUGCUGUUGCAUUGGUUGGUUAGUUAAUAUUGACUGGAUUUAAAUGUCAUUGCUUCUCUGCCUGUGUUAUAAGAAUUUGUGGUUUGUGCUUUA